AGAGAGAGAGAGAGAGAGAGAGAGAGAGAUGUAUUCGGAGAGCUCGCAGGUGCGCUUCAAUGGCUGCUGCUGUUCAUCUCCAUUUUCUUCUGCCAUAGCCGAAUCUCAGAAGUCUCACAAUCUCGAUUUCUCCAUAACCACAGGAGCUUCAUUUCUCGAACGAAACACCAAAUUCACCGACCACGAAUCUCUUCCCUCGUUUCAGACAUCAUUCCUCGACCUCAUUACAACUUUUCCAGAUUACUUGCAGACGGAUCAAGCCGAUCACAUCCGAUCCACAGAGUACAAAAACCUCUCCUCGUCUCGCCUUGUCUGCUUAAACCACAUGGAUCAUCCUCUCUUCUCCUAUUCCCAAUCUCAGCAGAUUUCGGAAUCAGAAUCAGAACCCAUUUCAGGUUCUUCUUUCUUCGCCUUGUCCUGCAAGUCGGUGGGCUCGGUGUCUGAAUUGCUAUCGUCCGCGAGCCAACAAUCUGAAUUCCAGUCAGAGGAAAGAGUCAUGGGUUUCAUGAAUAUCGAAGAAUCCGAUUAUCAUAUGAUUCUUACCCACGACCGUUGUUCCGCUUUCAAGAUUCUUGCAGAAAUUUACCCUUUCAAGACAAACCCUAAUCUUCUCACUGUCUACAACUACGAAGACGAAGAAGUGGAAGCCAUGAUCAGCAUUGCAGAGAAAAAGGGCAUAAAACCCGAAUCAGCGGAGUUUUCAUGGCCGAUACUUUCCACUUCCAGGAUCUUAAUAAUCCAAUUAUUAAAAAAAAUUAAAGAUAAAAAGAUAUUGAAAUAAAUAUUAGGAGAGAUGGGUCUUUUCGUGUUUCCGCUUCAGUCACUGAUUACAGGAGCUUCGUAUUCGUAUUCAUGGAUGAGCUUAGCUCGCGAAAAUGGAUGGCACGUAUUGCUUGACACCUCUGCUUUAGGUUCUAAAGACAUGGAAUCACUCGGGCUUUCUCUGUUCAACCCAGAUUUCCUCAUCUGUUCCUUUUCCGAGGUUUUAGGACAAGACAACCCAUCUGGUUUCGGUUGUUUGUUCCUCAAGAAAUCCAUCUCUUCCCUUCUAACAGAACCAGAGCUCAUCACCAACCCCUCGAAUCUCACCUUCGUAACAGCUGAACUAGCUAGGACAGAACCGAACCCCGGGCCGUCAUCAUCUUUCCGCAGAGAAAACGACGGAAAUACCCCCGAGUCCUGUCAGGAAGGUUCUUCUUGCUCUGAGAUUGUUGAACUGGAGCUGUCGUCAACUGAACAAUGUCGGCCUAAAGUUACGGAUCAAACGAUUGAAUUCCGGGCAUUGGACCACGCUGAUUCGUUAGGACUAAUACUGAUCAGUCGUCGGGGAAAGUACCUGACAGACUGGCUGGUACGAGCUCUGAUGAGUCUGCAACACCCAGGUUCUGAAACAGAGAUGCCUCUUGUCAGAAUCUACGGACCGAGAACAAAACAGGAUAGAGGGCGAUCGAUUUCGUUCAAUAUUUUCAACUGGCAAGGCGAAAAGGUCGAUCCUUUACUGGUUCAGAGGCUUGCAGAGAGGAACAAGAUCAUGCUAAAGUGCGCAAAUCUGCAGAACAUAAGAACAGGUGACAAGGGAAGAAGAGAGAUGAAAGUGCUAACCCUUGGCUUUAGAUUGGCUGUAGUGAGUAUUAGGGUUGGAUUUCUGACAAAUUUCGAGGAUGUUUUUAGGGUUUGGAUGUUUGUUUCUAGAUUCUUGGACGCAGACUUUGUGGAGAAGGAGAAGUGGAGAAACAAAGCUCUUGAGAAAUACACGUGAUUAAAAAAAGGUUUUCCCUUUUAGUCCCUUAGAAGUUAGAACAACAUUUUUUGUUUUCAAAUUUUUUUUUUAUUUUGUAAUCCCAUAUUGGACCAUAAUAUGA